AUGAGUACCAAUCCUCUUACAACGGCUGCUGCUGCUGCUGCUGCUGGUAGUAGCAGCUCAUCCACUCCUACAACCUCCCGUACAGCUAUGAAUGCGACGCAAACCCAGCAAACCGCAACAACAUCCAAAACGCGCACCUAUCAACACUCCUACCCAGUGGUCCCACCGCCACCUCCCACACGCCAGGAAAGAUCACGAGCCGCCUAUGACGAAGUUGUUCAAGCGUUAUCGGUCGAUAUGCCACUCAUUAUGCACGCCAGUGGGGAUCCGGGUGAGGCGGAUCCAGAUUCGGUUCGACUUUUGUCUGAGCUGACAGCCAACUACAUUGGCAAUUUGGUCCACGCUGCCAUGGACGCCCACGCCAUGAUGCACCAGGGACAUCAGGCAUUGCCACCACCACCCUUUGAACGUGUCAAGCGACGAUUUCCGCCGACCAGUGAGACAGGCAGUUCGGCACCUUAUCCUUCCCUAACUCCAGAAGAUGCUGCGAAAUCAGGGUCAGCAGCAGCUGCCAACGCUACGGAUGCCACCACGAGUACUAGUACAGAUCGAAAGGAAGCCAAGAGACGGCGGAUUACGGGAGAUUUAUUUGAUGAACCGCUACCUGAACCCAAAAUUAAAAAGCCCACAUCAGCGAACUCAGCCAAUGAAGCAGAUGAUGAAGAAUGGGUUGGAGUUCAAGGGGUGGACUUGCACGAAUCCAGUCGGACCAGAACUGCGUACACCGCAGAAGCAAUAUCCACUGCGGCUUUUAUCUUCCCCAUUUGCCAUGAUCCCGGAUUGUAUGGUAGAGUCAUGGAAGUCCAACAAACCGCACGCCGAUCAGUUGCACCGCUCUUGGUGGAUCCCAUUGUGCAGGCCGUAGUAGCCGAAGAAGGCAAAGAAAUGGGUCGACGAAUCAUCAAGGCGCCCAAAAAGAAAAAGAAGGAAGCUGUUCCAGAAGGAGAAGAAAACGAGGAAGACGAGGAUGAAGAGCAUGAUACAGAAGCAUUGGAGGAACGAGAACAAGUGCAGGGUGCUACAUGGCCGGGUUUGGAGUCUUUACUUCCAGUGCAUGUAACAGCAGACUUUAAAUCUGAAGGUGAAUGA